AGCGAGCUAGCUUUCUUGCUACCAUGGCAAAAAUAGGGAACGGCCGCCAGUCAGUGGACACAAGGAGUAUCCGGACUAUUAACAGCAGCCACAUCGACGAUGAAAGCUCUUUGGGAUCCGACUCAGAGAUCAACGGCUUCACCAGCGACAGACGAACCGAUAAAUAUGGAUUUAUUGGUGGGGCACAGCAGUACUCAGAGGAGUUAGCUCAGGAUGUGCCUCCAGAGGUGCUCAGGCACAGGGAGGUGAAGUGGCUGGACAUGCUCAACCACUGGGACAAGUGGAUGAUCAAGAGAUUUGAUAAGGUGAGGCUGCGGUGCCAGAAAGGAAUCCCUCCUGCCCUGCGAGGGCGUGCAUGGCUCUACCUGUCAGGAGGGAAGGUGAAGAAAGAGCAGAACCAAGGAAAGUUUCAGGAACUGGAUAGCCAGUCAGGGGACCCCAAAUGGCUCGAUGUGAUUGAGAAAGACCUCCAUCGACAGUUUCCUUUCCAUGAGAUGUUUGUGUCACGGGGAGGACACGGACAGCAGGACCUGUUUCGUGUUCUUAAGGCCUAUACUCUGUACAGACCUGAGGAGGGAUACUGCCAGGCUCAGGCCCCUAUUGCUGCUGUGUUGCUCAUGCACAUGCCCGCUGAGGAUGCCUUCUGGGGGCUGGUCCAAAUUUGUGAGAAGUAUCUUCCAGGCUACUACAGUCCUGGCCUGGAAGCUAUACAGUUAGAUGGAGAGAUCCUGUUUGCUCUGCUGCGGCGCGUCUCCCCACUAGCCUUCCGCCAUCUGGAGAAGCACAAGAUCGACCCCAUCCUCUACAUGACUGAAUGGUUUAUGUGUGCCUUCUCCAGAACGCUGCCUUGGUCGUCUGUGCUGCGUGUUUGGGACAUGUUCCUCUGUGAUGGAGUAAAGAUAAUCUUCCGUGUGGGUUUGGUGCUGCUGAAGUGUAUGCUGGGAACCCGAGAGAAGCUGAAGGCCUGCCAGGGCCAGUAUGAAACCAUGGAGCUUCUAAGGGCCAUAGAACCUCGUUACAUGCAGGAGGGCUUCCUCGUCCGAGAGAUUCUAGAGGUGCCAGUGACAUCACGAGAUGUGGAAAAAGAGCACCACACCCAGCUGAAGCGCUGGAGGAAGACCCGUGGAGAGCUCAAUCUCAAACCGCCUCCAAGGAUGCACGGUGCUCGGCUCGUCUUGUUGGCUGACCCACCCAGGCGCCAGGAUCUGAAGCAGAACCCCACCAUUGUACUUGAGGUGCCUCAGCCCACCUCGCAGCUGAAGAAGGGCAAAGAGGAGAAGCAGAGCAUGAAGAAGAAGAGCAAGAAGAAAUCCCAGCCCAUUAUGGAGGUCCCUAACCCUUACCCUCUUCCAAAUGAGCAUUCACCUCCACCCUCAGACCCACCUGCCAUGCCACCGGUCACCAGCAAGACGCCAGAGACUGUGCCACAAACUGUGCCACAAACUGAAACACUCUCACCUCACCAGCACUGUGCACCUCCUACAGACCUUGCCCCUGCCAAAGAUUCUCCUCAUCAGCAAUCCACACAGAGCCUUAGCAGCACAGAGCUGGAUACGUACCUGUAGCUCUACAGCAGCCAGUAUGUGUGGACGAGGGACCAGCGCCCUUCAGCCAACAACGAUCUAUCCUUACCAAGGUCUCUGACUGGCCAGCAUCACUAAUGUUGACAUUUUUUGUAUAUGUUUAUUCAUGUUAAACACCAUUUUGCCUAUGAUAUUACUGGUAUACACUAAAGCAUCAUUGCUAAGUGUAAAACUACACACAGUUUACACACUUUAUUCAUGUGAUGCUAUUACCUCUUCGUAAUGCUUUCAUUCAGACCAUAAGUCUUGGUAUUCUGUUUGUAAUGGAAGCACGUUACUGACUUACUGGGAAAAAAAGUGAUUUUUUUUGUUUGUUUGUUUGUUUGUUUGUUUUUUCUUCCACACAGCUGUGGUUGAAAUGGAACUUAUAAGGCUUAUAAGAUUUUCCUGUACAUUUCCAGAUUCAACACUGUUGAGUAAAUUAGUAAUACUGCACAACUGUGGAUGUACAUUCCUGAUAUAAACUCCAUGCUUUUCAACUUCCUCAGCCAUUAACUUCACUGGUGGGUUGGUUCACUAGAGGGCAGCCUCGCAGCAGUUCCAGCCAUAAAUCCUGUUAGGUUACCUGUUCAGAAAGCUGAUUACAGUAGGGAUGGGAUUCAUUAGGCUUGGGAUAUUUUUUUGAGACAGAGUGUACCUUUUUUUUUCCAGUGGGGAAAUUUGUGCAUUUCAUGUUUUUUGUUCUUAGAUUUGAAUAGACAAUCAUUUUCCUGAAUUGCUGAAAAUAAGUCACACCAUGUGUACAGGCAUUAUUUAUUUAAAGAUCAAUUUAAACAUGAAAUUUGUGCGUGCCCUGCUAGUGCACAAAUGAUUACUUUUUUCAGUCAGUUGAAUUAAUGUGGUUUAAGUGUGUAUGAACUCCAGUAGCCACUGUGCCAGGCACUUGCAGCCACUUUAGUGCAGCAGUAAUUCAUGUUAACUUGGGCAGCGGAGAGGAGAGAACACUGGACAUUCCUCACUCUAUGACACAUUCCUGUCUAAAGCUGUCUUUGCCAAAUAAGGAUCUGUAUAAUAUAUGUGUUUGUGCUUGUGCUGCCUGUUGCAACUUGGACAGCAAGUGAUUGCAAAUUACCUAAUGGUGCUGACUUUUCCUCUUGGCAUUGGGUCUAUUCUUUUUUUAGAUUGUGCUAGAAUUUCCAAAGUGAAAAUCAAGACUGUUGUUUGAGACGGUGUGCAACCACUACCUGUGGCCAGGAUUACUUUGUUAGUACAGCGAAGAGAGAUCAUGGGAUCACUCAAGAUGUACUGGGAUGUUUGUAGCAUUUCUCUUACAAGAACCAGCCUCUUUUCUUUGGGCAAUAUGGAGAGACAUGCAGUGGUUGAGGCUUUUUUGAGGAACGUGUUGGACAAAGAGUAUAUAACAAGCAUAAGCACAUUAAAUAUUUUUUGUUUAAAUAAUAUAAAAAACUGCUAGAUUAUUUACAAAAAGCAAUGGGAUUUAAAGGAAUAACAUUUUUAAGCAGUCACUCACCAGUAUGCAGUAGAUUUUUGAGCGCUUGGUUUAUUUCACUGAUCUACUUUAAUUUAAUACUCUGUGUAGAUACAGCAUGUAAAAUACUUUGUUUUGUAAUGAAGUCUAUUUUUCAGUGUAUAAUGCUUUAUUUUAUUGAGCAGUUACAGAAGCCACAGAGGUGACAUCUCUAAAUCAUUUGCAGUUAGGACAGUAUGUUUCAGAUCAAUGUUUGUAACACUAGGAAGUAUUCAUUUGCAACUUUUGUGACAAAUGUUUUUCUUUCUCUAAAGACAGAUUGGUAUUAUUGUACCAUUUACAAUAGUGUUAAAAAAAAGUUUGACAACUAUGGGGCACUAUGCAUCAUCUUGAGUUUAAAUUUACAAAUAAAACUUUGUUAC